AUGUCUGACAAAAAAUUUGUAGAAGAAAUCGAGAAAGCACUAGAAAAAUCCAAAGGCCUGAACCUCAGCGAACUUCUGUUUUCCUAUCAGGGAACUGUCUACCCGGCCACUGUAUGCAGCGCAGAAACAUUCCAAGCUCUGGAGAAUUUUGAAAGCAGAAAAGAUGAUUUGGUGUUGGUGUCCUAUCCCAAAUGUGGUAUUAAUUGGCUCAUUCAGAUUGUGAACGAUCUGAUUGCUACAACUUUGAAAACUAAGCAUGAGAACACAGAGUUGCCAUUUAUUGAGUGUGGCGAUCCAGAAAAGUAUCAGCGGAUGAAGCAGUUCCCAUCUCCAAGGAUUGUGGCUACACAUCUUCAUUACAACAAUAUUCCCAAGUCCAUCUUCAAAAAUAAAGCCAAGGUACUGGUGUUAUUUCGAAACCCUAAAGAUGCAGCUGCAUCAUUUUUCCAUUUUCACAACAACGCUCCAAGUAUUCCAAGUUAUAACUCCUGGGAUGAGUUUUUUUCGGCAUUUAUGGAUGGGCAAGUUGCCUGGGGAUCCUAUUUUGACCAGGCAGUUACCUGGAACAAACACAUUGAUGAUGAAAAUGUUUUUAUUCUGACAUAUGAAGAAUUAAAAGAGGACCUGCUUGCUGGCGUGAAGCGAAUAGCCGAAUUCUUUGGGUUUGCAGCUACAGCAGAGCAAAUUAAGUCGAUUGCAAGCAGGGCUGCCUUCCAAGCAGUGCGGGCCAGGUCACAGGAGACGCAUGGUGUGGCUGGUCCCCUUCUCUUUCGGAAAGGUGUAGUAGGAGAUUGGAAGAGCCUUUUUGACGAAGCACAGAGCCAGGCAAUGGAAGCUAAAUUUGAGGAGUGUUUAGCAGGAACCAAGCUGGGAGCAAAGCUAAAGUAUGAUGUGUACUGCAAAGUGUGA